AACGCUUCUCUGUCGAAUUUUGUAUUCAGCGGUGUGAUUGUUCGAGUUGUUUCCCUGAUUUCUUUGUUUGCAAGGUUCCUGAAAGUGAAACUGCAGUAUAUAUUGGAAAGUGUCUUUAUUUUUUUGUAUAAUACAAAGUGCCUACUGGAUAAGUGUUAAAAUUGUGUUGGAAAUUUGAUUUUUGAUAACUUCCACAAUGACAAGAGAUAUUUACUAUUCGGACAAGUAUUACGACGAGGAACAUGAGUACAGGCAUGUGGUGUUACCUAAGGAAAUGGUGAAACUAGUUCCCAAAAAUCAUUUAAUGUCAGAACAAGAAUGGCGGAGCAUUGGAGUGCAGCAAAGUCAAGGAUGGGUUCACUAUAUGACGCACCAACCCGAGCCUCAUAUUUUGCUGUUCCGCCGAAAAAAGACCACCCCUCCAGAGAAGAAGUGACGGACUUUUGUGGUUUGCUUGUGAAUAAGUUUUAGUUCAUAGUUAUCAAUUGCCCAUAGCAGGUUAUGUCUAAAAACAGACAAAUUGACUAAUAAUUUCUUAUUUAAAAAAAAAACAGUAAGUAAUAUGACACCACCAGUAAGUAAUGGGUAGAUUUCUUCUUGAAAUUUUAUAAGUUGGUAACUACCUAAACUAAGAUUUUAAGUGAACUUGUAGUUUUCUAUAGUUUUAAUAUAGUCAUGGAUGCCAUUAAUUUCAUGUGUUGCUUUUGAAUUUAAAUUGUUAAUUACUGUGCAGAAAUCUUCCCAUUGCUUCUUUGUUUUGGUAUUUUUUUUUAGUUGAAAAGUAGCUUAUUCAUUUUAUUAUGACAGAUAUAUUAUAAUGAAUAUGCACCAAAUAAAAUAAUUUUGCUUUAGGAUGAGCCAAUAAGGUAAUAAUGAUUUUUUAGUUUUGUUUCCUCUACUGUUAUGGGCCAUUAUCUUGAUCUUCAUUCCACAUAUUAUUAAGUGUUUCGUAUUAACAUAGUCAUUAGUGUAUAAGAAUCAUUAAACCAACCACAAGUGCUAUUCUACUUAUUAUGUGAUAGAUGUAACAGUUGUAAUAGCCUAGAUCAUGCA